GGCCGGUCUCCUACCACGGAGGCCUUUGUUCAAAGCUUCCGUGGCGGCUGUGAUGAAGCUGUUCAGAGCUUACCUUGUUCCCACUUGUCUCUUGCGAGGCACAUGAGGGAUUUAAAGGUGCAGCAUCAUGGUUAUGAAAGCUUCAGUAGAAGAUGAUGAUUCAGGAUGGGAACUCGGUAUGCCUGACAAGAUGGAAAAGAGUAAUACAAGCUGGAUAGAUAUAACCCAGGAUUUCGAAGAAGCUUGUAGAGAACUGAAGUUAGGAGAACUGCUUCAUGACAAGCUUUUUGGUCUCUUUGAAGCCAUGUCUGCCAUUGAAAUGAUGGAUCCCAAGAUGGAUGCUGGUAUGAUUGGAAACCAGGUUAACAGAAAGGUUCUUAACUUUGAGCAAGCUAUUAAGGAUGGCACCAUUAAAAUAAAGGAUCUCACUUCACCUGAGCUGGUAGGAAUAAUGGAUACAUGUUUUUGUUGUUUGAUAACAUGGUUAGAAGGACAUUCCUUGGCACAGACAGUAUUCACUUGCCUUUAUAUUCAUAAUCCAGACUUCAUAGAAGAUCCUGCUAUGAAGGCUUUUGCUCUUGGGAUCCUAAAAAUCUGUGAUAUUGCCAGAGAAAAGGUUAACAAAGCAGCUGUUUUUGAGGAGGAAGAUUUUCAGUCAAUGACUUACGGAUUUAAAAUGGCCAACAGUGUGACAGAUCUUAGAGUUACAGGUAUGCUGAAAGAUGUAGAAGAGGACAUGCAAAGACGAGUGAAGAGCACUCGAAGUCGACAAGGAGAAGAGAGAGAUCCAGAAGUUGAACUUGAAAUGAGUGCAGUUGUGGAAGCUCAGAAACUAAUGACUCAGGCAGCUGACUUGCUUUCUGCUAUCCACAAUUCAUUGCAUCAUGGUAUGCAGGCACAGAAUGAUACCACUAAAGGAGAUCAUCCUAUUAUGAUGGGCUUUGAACCCCUGGUUAAUCAGAGAUUGCUGCCCCCAACUUUUCCUCGAUAUGCAAAAAUAAUUAAAAGGGAAGAAAUGGUCAGUUAUUUUUCCAAACUAAUAGACCGAAUAAGAACUGUAUGUGAAGUAGUCAACUUAACUAAUUUGCACUGUAUACUGGACUUCUUCUGUGAGUUUAGUGAGCAAUCACCAUGUGUUCUUUCAAGAUCCCUGUUACAGACAACUUUCCUAGUAGAUAAUAAGAAGGUGUUUGGCACUCACCUCAUGCAAGACAUGGUGAAAGAUGCUUUAAGGUCUUUUGUCAGUCCUCCAGUCCUUUCUCCAAAAUGUUGUCUUUAUAAUAAUCACCAGGCGAAGGACUACAUUGAUUCCUUUGUGACACAUUGUGUUCGGCCAUUCUGUAGUUUGAUUCAAAUCCAUGGACACAAUAGAGCUCGUCAGAGAGAUAAACUGGGUCACAUUCUUGAGGAAUUUGCCACCCUACAGGAUGAGGCAGAGAAAGUAGAUGCAGCGCUUCAUAGUAUGUUACUGAAGCAGGAACCACAAAGACAACAUUUGGCUUGCUUGGGCACCUGGGUCCUAUAUCAUAACCUUCGUAUUAUGAUACAGUAUCUUCUCAGUGGCUUUGAGUUGGAACUUUACAGUAUGCAUGAAUAUUACUACAUAUAUUGGUACCUGUCAGAGUUCCUCUAUGCCUGGUUGAUGUCAACACUGAGCCGCGCUGACAGCGCUCAAAUGACAGAGGAAAGAAUAAUGGAGGAGCAACAGAAAGGACGUAGUAGUAAGAAAACAAAGAAAAAGAAGAAAGUUCGUCCUCUCAGCAGGGAGAUCACCAUGAGUCAGGCAUACCAAAAUAUGUGCGCUGGGAUGUACAAGACAAUGAUCGCAUUUGAUAUGGAUGGCAAAGUAAGAAAACCUAAGUUUGAACUGGAUAGUGAACAAGUUCGAUAUGAGCACAGGUUUGCUCCAUUCAACAGUGUUAUAACGCCACCCCCAGUGCACUACCUGCAAUUUAAAGAAAUGUCUGAUUUAAAUAAGUAUAGCCCACCUCCCCAGUCAUCAGAUCUCUACAUGGCAGCUAGCAAACACUACCAGCAAGCUAAAAUGAUUCUUGAGAAUAUUCCGAAUCCAGACAAUGAGGUCAGUCGAAUUCUAAAAGUUGCAAAACCCAAUAUUGUGGUCAUGAAGCUGCUGGCAGGAGGCCACAAGAAAGACUCUAAGGUUCCUCCAGAAUUUGAUUUUUCUCCUCAUAAAUACUUCCCAGUUGUGAAGCUUGUUUGAAGGACAAGAAAUUAUUGUUAGGAUACCUGAAGAUACCUGUGUAGCAGAUACCAGCCGUAAGAGGGAUUAUCUAGGCUUACACUCAGACUGCAAGGGACCUCCAGGAUACAAGUACUGUUAUGUGGAAUAUGUGUAGUCUGCUGCCUUCAUCUGAUCUGACAACUGCUGUUUGAAAGUGGUUUGUAUAAAGUUUAAUGCAUUUUAUGUGUGAAGCUGAUUUUAAUCAACUGUAUUGUUGAAGAAUGCCAUACUUUAAUUGAUUUUAUUACAGAGUUAAUCAUAAUUUUUAUUAAUGUGAUCUGAGAGAAAAUGGUGGCUUAGGGACUGAAUAAAAAUCAUGCAAAAUUCUCCAUUCAGUAAAGUCA